AUAAAGUUUAUGCUUUCGAUUGUGUUACUACACUUUAUACUUUAACUGGUAUUUUGAAGGCCAAAGUUUUUAAACUGGUUUGUUCGUCUAACACAUGUGUUAUUCGGUGGAAUGGCUCCAAUGAGUGUAUAUUUGCUGGGAAUUUGUCGAAAUGGUCACUAAAGUCAAGUGCAACUUUGCUGCACAUUGCGAUAUAGUUACUUCGAUAUAUCAAUGCAGCAAUUGUAGUUCUGUUUCUUUCAUGUCAGCUAAAACAUUUAGAAAACUGUUUUUUACAUGGGCGUCUAACCAAAAUGUCGAUUUUCGUGUGGCUUGCUCUUGGUGUGGAAAUGAGCCAAAGAUAUUGGCAGCUGAUGCAACAAAGAUUGGUGUGGCCCGCAAGAAUGUCAAUAUUGGGCCAGUUGAAAGACAACAUACCGAACAACUUCAACGCACCAUUCACAGAAGAUUUGACCAAUGUUUUCUAACGUACCCAUCAAAAGAAACUGUCCCUAGGCUUGACGAUCGCAAGAGAGCGGAAGCUUUAAUCAGGGAGAGCAGAAAACAUCUUAAACAAAUCAUGUCUUCUCAUAACGGUUUUCUAUGUCAACCAUCUCUAACUGCUGAAGAAUUAGCCAACAGAAACAGGUCAUUGCUGGAGUGUUUUCCACAACCAUGCCGAAGUCUUUUGCGUCGACUUUUCCGUAUGGAAAUGGGCAACGAUCAAAAAAUUGCUACGACGAAGUUAUUUCGGUUGUUAAGUUACGACUCACCUCUUCGAUCAGUUAUUCCAAGUGCUUUUUUUUCAACCCUUGCUCAAUUCCUGGAUGAUGUCGACAACAGAAGAAUCCCAAACAUGACAGGGCUGCUAAUGAAUUCAAAAAGAUUUGCACCCGUAGUUGGUACCUUUAUCAAUUCGUUCUUUCUUGUAAACAGUCUUGAUAACGAUGCUUUAAGCGUGCUAAGACAUUUAUUUGCUAGGGUCAAGUUCAUUCAUGAAAACGACGUAUUACCUGAAGAACCUCUGGUUAUACGCUGUUACAACCCACCAAAGUAUGGACGAUCGUAUUAUUUCACACCAGACGGGGGACAAAUAAGACACGCUCGAAAGUUCGACAUUGACAACGAACGCACAUCUUUAGUACAUGACGACACACCUACGAACUCAAAAUGUUGAAAGAAUUACCCAGUUGUGGCGUUAAAGGGGUCUUCAUUCAUGUUUCUUUGGUCUUGCCCUAUCCAUGGCCACUGCUACGGCUUCCACAUAGUAAAUGGAAGUGAAGGUCGUAAAGAUGCUGCACAUUCACUCUAUACACAUUUACCUGUCGCCCCAGAAAAUAUAUAUUAUGAUUUUUCCUGCAGCCUUAAAGAGUACUGUUUGAAUAGGGAAGCCGGGUACUUUAGAAAUACUCGUUUUUUCCACGAUGUCUUUCACGGUUACAGUCACGGCUGUUCGUCUGUUUACAACAGCAAAUCCUUUCCUGGUUUAACCUCUGUAAACACAUCCAUAUGUGAGCAGUUUAAUUCAUACCUACAAUGUAUCAAGUCUUCUGCAAAACAUAUGUCCGAAACUAAUUUCAUGUUUUUUGCACAGUUUAUGAUUCAUAUUUGGAAUCAAAAAAAGAAGUCAUCCUACGAUAAAAAACUACGGCUUGCAUUAAGUCAUGCUGAUACGCAUGAUGAAUAUUGAAUUUUUAUAAUUUGUUUGCAGCUACUGUUCUUUGUUUUUAUGUUUUUUAGUUUUUUAUUUAUACUUUCUUAGUGGACGACUUAUAACUUUGACAACAUCUUCAACAUACUAUUAUUAUUUGAAGAAUCUCUAAUUCAUCAUUAUUUAAAGCCUUGGACGGUAAUGGACAUAACACCGACGUCAACGACAACGGAACGACUGAAUUGACGAAAAUGAAAGAAAAACGUAGAUCACAGAUACUUUUGAGGAUGACUUUGAAGAUAUUAUUGAAGUUUUAAACGAAGAUGAAUAUAUAAAUGAAUUCUCAAACGAUCUAUGUGAAGACAUCGAACUUGGCAACUUUCCCUGUGAAGUAUGUGACAAAGUGUGCAAAAGUAAAGGUGGAUUAAAACUUCAUUGCAUUAAGAAGCACAAUAAUAAUGAUCUUGAGGCUAAGAAGGAAGAUGAACAAAAGGAAGAACUAGUUGACGAAGAAUUUAUAACUAAACUUUUAAGAAAGGCAUUGGAAAAUGUAGUUACUAGUGACAAUGUUUUUUCAGAAAUUAUUUCAAAAGAAUUUCAAGCAUAUGAAGAGUAUGGUUUUGACAGAGCUAUCUCACAAAAAAUAGUACAUCAACUUCACCAACAUAAAAUUAGCCAUAACAAAUCAUCAGAAAAAUUCUAUUCUUCAUACUAUACAAAUAUUGUUACACAUGCUAUAAAUUUAUACCCCCAUCGAUAAACAGUAAAUACUUCAAAAUAGUUCUCAUGAAGCUUGGUUACUUAUUAUGGUCUACGAUUAAUAAAACUACAUGUGCUACUGCUGACAAAAAUAUUAAUAUAUCAGAAAAGGAAAUAGGAGGACUCCAGUAUAGUGGGGGAUAUAUUUUACUCAAACUUCACAGAAAUUUGAAAAGUUCAAAAAAUUGGAAGAGUCUGGAAUACCAACAAGCAAUAGCACUUAUGGAAGCAAGUAAGGGGGAAGAAAUCAAUAAUUUGAUUUCUCAUUUAAAUCGAGGUGGACUAUGGCAAAUUUCUCUUCCAAUUCAAAAAAUAUUAAUAAUCUGUGAAAAAUACUUCCGACUAAAGAUGUUAGUUUGAGAAAAAUUAACAUCAAAUCAAUCAUAUCAGAAUUCGCAAAUUUGUAUCAUAUCAAGGACUCUUUUAAAGUGGUUUCUACUGAAGAAAUUCCUAUUACUACACAAGUUGAAAAAAACUCACUGUUUUCAAUAAUUCAGUUGUAUACAAGAGUACGGUACGAGUACUUAUGCCAGAGAUAUCGCUCAAAAAGACUGAGUAGCAAAAACAAGCAGUAAAAAGGCAUUACGUAAAGAAAUAAAAAGAUCCGUUGAGAAACCUUUAUAAAAUGAUAAUAUAUCAUUUAUAACAGACUAAGAAUACGGUAAAUAACCACUUAUAUGCCAUACGGUAACCACUUAUAUGCGUGAAUUGUGAAGCCCAAACCAUCAUCAAUACACACUUCUAAGUAUGGCUCACUCCAGGGUUGUGUAAACCUUUUAAAUGUAGUAGUAUUGUCAGUUAAAAAUGUCUCACAACCAUUCAAGGAUUUUAAGUUUUUAAUGCGUGUGUUUAAAUCUUAAGGUUUUUGUAAUAGGGGUUAAUAGUUGUAGGAGUACUCUAAGUCUUUCUUGGUGGUCUUGAGGUACCUUGUUUACUGAAACUUUUUGCUGGCAUGUUUAAUGUUGGGAUAGCACCAUGUUUUAAUUUCUUCUUCGUCAUCUUUGCCCCAACAACUAUAAGAGACAUUUUUUAAAAGAUUUAUUUAGAAUUGUUAAGAACAAAUUAAGUACAUUUUAGCCUAAAAAUCUAAAAAGACCUAAAGCAGUAUAGAAAGGAUACUUAAUGCCUUCUUUAUGAUGCAUUCAUAAACAUUAUUAUUAGCUAUAUGUUUUUUAAAGUUCUCAUCUGCUACUCUAGUUUUGGUUAUUUCAGACAGCCACCGUUGACGCCACUCUUUCUGAACAUGUUCUGCAGGAAUUCUAAAAAUAC